AUGUUCCCCACACAGUCGAGAUAUGCCAAGGUCCAUAAAUUCUGCAGGGGUCCGGGAGAUGCACAGCCUACCGCAUUACAAGUCGUCCGAGAUGAAAACCGAGUAAACCACCUGGCCGACAAGGUGAUCAUCGUCACAGGCUACUUGGGAAAAGCAAAGAAUGCACUGGGUGACAUCGCUAUCAGUCCGCGAGUCUAUCUUCCGCACCUCGAUCUGAGCUCCUUGGCAUCCGUUCGCGCAUGCGCAGAAGAAUUCAAGUCUAGAGAGAGUACCUUGAACAUCCUGAUCGAGAAUGCGGGGGUGAUGGCAUGCCCCAAAGGUCGAACUGCCGAUGGGUUCGGAACGCGUUUCGGAACGAACCACCUAGCCCAUUUCCUGUUCUUCUACCUUCUCAAACCCCUGCUACUCUCUUCCUCGAUCCCUUCUUUCCAUUCCCGGGUGGUCAUGGUGUCCUCCAGCGCGCAUCGAAGGGAAUACGGGCCUUGGAAGGCCUAUGGUCAAAGCAAGACAGCCAAUCUCUGGACAGCUAAUGAGAUCAAGAGGUGCUACGGCUCAAAAAGUCUUCAUGCAUUUAGUCUGCACCCCGAUGAACAGAAAUCUGCGUGGGAUGCGGAUGACUGGCUCAAGACCUACUGGAAGAGCCCUGAACAGGGCGCUGCGACUAGCGUCUGGGGUGUUGUAGCGAGGGGAUUGGAAGGUACAGGAGGGAAAUAUUCGAAUAAUUGUCAGAUCGCAUCGCCUGCUGACCUGACCAAGCGACACGGGCCAGGCUAUGCUACGUGGGCAUACCAUCCGGAUGGUGAAGCCAAUUGGGCGAAAACCUUCGAGUUACUUCAGUUGGAGGAGGAAUAA